GAUGCGACUCGACUAUUUUCCAUGAAGUUCACGGUGAUAUUUAAAGUGCUGAUCAUUUUUAAUAUGUUUGUGGCGAUUCGUGCAUCAUUACGACAUUAAAUGAUUGAACGUGUGGUCCAGAAAUUGCUGUAAAGGCAAAUUUAAAAUCCGGGUCCCACCCACAGAACUUAAUGUACUUUGGCGACUGGUUGAUUAAAAUGUUCACGUACAAGAGGAGAGCGUAAGGUGUGAGGGUGUUUCCAUGCACCCUUUUACACAUUUUAUUGGAAAAUGCUCAAAGUUGUAACAGACUUUCGAGGCGGAGUUUUGUGGAUUUUGGCUAUCUUUAUUCUUUUCUUCGCCUACGUGAAAUGUUCGCCAGAAUACCAGGCAAACUCGACGUCUGCAGUUCAUCCAGGAGCGGCACGUCAAAUGUUCGGAUCUGGAUCGCUUCGUCCAGCAGGAGCGAAAACGGUACUGGCCACUGGCCACAAACGUUUCGGCGUGAAGACGACUCUGAGACCCUAUUUCCAAUCGCACGUACCAAUUUUACCGAUUCCGAUAGUAUAUCCACCAUGGCCGAUUUAUCCAGGAGAACAACUUCCGUUUUUUAUCGAUCUACAGAGGCAGAAAAUCGACAACUCCAAAGGCGAGGCUAGAAAAAAAUAUUCUGGAAAAUCCGAUCCUCGCCGGCCGUAUGUUUUUCCGUUCGACCUCAUUCCACCCGGAAAAUCUGAUGAGCGUUCAGAGAAACAAUGUAAAGAACGAUGCGAGAAGAACUUUUUCCAGUGUUAUAAGACCUGCACCUGUAUAAGAUACGAGAACAGAUGCGACGGCCACAUGGAUUGUGACGAUAACGAAGAUGAAUUGGCUUGCGAGAAUCAUAUUGUCAAAUGUAACACAACAAUUGAUUUUAUCCUUUGCCCGAGGACCAAACGUUGCAUUUCGAGGAAGUGGCUUUGUGACGGCGAUGACGAUUGCGGCGAUUUCUCGGACGAAACUCGUUGUGGGUUUGCAUCAAAUUGCUCAAAGGAUCAGUUUCAAUGCGACAAUGGUCUCUGCAUUCCCAAAAGCUGGAUUUGUGAUAAUGACAACGAUUGUAGAGACUUUUCGGAUGAAAUGAACUGCACCAAAAUCGGAUGUACCCCUGAUGAGUUUGAAUGUGGAGACACAACUUGCAUCUCAUUGAGCUGGAAAUGUGACAGACACAUCGACUGUACAGACGGAUCUGAUGAAAGAGAUUGUGAUAUUGUUCCGCCACAUUGUAACGACAACGAGUUCCAGUGCAACAAUCACAAAUGCAUAAAAUUCGAGUUCAAAUGUGACGGUGACGACGAUUGUGAUGAUUGGAGUGAUGAAGAUGAUUGUCCGAAGGUCAUCGGUGAAUGCGUGUCAGAUGAGUUUAAGUGUAAAAGCGGUAAGUGUAUUCCCAGGAGGUUCGUAUGUGAUAAUCAAAAGGACUGUGACGAUAAUGAGGACGAAGUGAACUGUGAUUACUCUAAGAAUAAGACUUGUUCUUCCGAUGAAUUUACGUGCCCCGGUGGAGACUGUAUAUUGAAAACUUGGGUGUGCGACGGUUUGGAUGACUGUCCGAAAGGUGAAGACGAGCAAAAUUGCGAAAUAGUUUGCGACGAAUCAAAAUUCCCCUGUACCGGACCAGGUAGAAACGAUACUUCAACUAGUUUUUGUAUCGGCCUGAAACACCGUUGCGAUGGUAUACCUGACUGUCCCAAAGGAGAAGACGAAAGGAAUUGCUCGAAAACGCGCGAUUGCGAAAGAAAUACGAAAUGUAAACAGCUAUGUAUCACAACGGCCAAUGGUCAGAAAAGCUGUUCAUGUUUGAACGGAUACCGUUUGGCUCAAGAUGGCUACAGCUGUGACGAUAUCGAUGAGUGUCUGUAUGCCACGGAUCCGGUUUGUUCUCAAACCUGCAAUAACACGAUUGGAAGUUUUAAGUGUGGUUGUAUGACGGGAUACAUUUUAAGACCGGACCUCAGAACCUGCAAAGCCGUGGGAGCACCUCCAACACUCUUGUUCGCCAACAGGAUCGAUAUCAGACAGAUGAGCUUAAGCAACACGAAAUAUACGCAAAUUCUUAAAGGUCUCCAUAAUGCCAUUUCUCUAGAUUAUCAUUAUAAAAAAAGGUUAAUAUUCUGGUCGGACGUAUCCAUGGACAGGAUUAAGCGGGCUUUCAUUAACGGUACCCAAAUUGAAACUGUUGUCAGUUCGGGACUUGAGUCACCCGGAGGCAUAGCAUUAGACUGGAUUCACGAUCUACUUUUUUGGACGGAUUCGGGAACCAAGAGGGUGGAAGUGUCUAAUUUGGACGGUACCCAACGAGCGAUAAUAGCAGCCAGCGAACUGGAUAAACCUAGAGCCAUAGUAGUGCAUCCGGGAAAGGCGUUGGUCUUCUGGACUGAUUGGGGGCCAAAUCCAAAAAUUGAAAGGGCCGAAAUGGACGGUUCUAACAGAAAGAGUCUGAUAACGGAGUCGGUGUUUUGGCCGAACGGAUUGACCAUCGACUUUACAAGCAAUCAAAUUUAUUGGGCGGACGCGAAGCAUAACGUCAUAGAAACUGCCGAGCUGGACGGGAGUAAAAGGAAGAAAGUGAUUACGAAAGGACUCCCUCAUCCGUUCGCUAUAACAAUAUUUGAGGACGCCAUUUUCUGGACCGACUGGCAUACGAAAUCCAUUUGCAGCGCCAAUAAGAUUACUGGAGCGGGAUUUAGAACUCUGCAUUCUCACUUGCAUUUUCCCAUGGAUAUUCAUAGUUAUCACCCUCAAAGGCAGCCAUCGUUCAGGAAUCGAUGCGGCAGCGACAACGGCGGAUGCGCGCACAUAUGUCUACCGAAUAAGAGAUCCUACACCUGCGUUUGCAAACUCGGCCAGAAAUUAAAGAGUGACAAGAAAUCUUGUCAGAAACCGGAAAGGUUUUUGUUGUUUGCUAGAAAGAAAGAUCUAAGGAUUAAGCAUCUGGACGACUGGAACAAAGAUCAAUACCAAAUGGUUAUACCCAUCGAGGGCGUUAAAGCGGCAACUGCAGUAGCAUGGGAUUCGAAAAACAACUUUAUUUACUUCAGUGACGUGGCCACGUCCACCAUCAAUAGGGCGUUUUGGAAUGGCAGCCACCAUCAGGUUAUAGUCCGUACUAAUUUAGCGACCCCGUCCGGGCUGGCAGUGGACUGGGUCACCAACAAACUAUACUGGACAGAUGAAUCGACCAGCAGAAUUGAAAUUGCCAAUUCGAACGGUGAAAUGCGGUCAUUGCUAAUAUGGGAGAACUUGGACAAACCCAAGGACAUAACCGUCGAUCCCCAAAGUGGUCUUAUGUUUUGGUCGGAUUGGGGCGAGAAAAAACGAAUCGAGAGGGCCAAUAUGGAUGGCAGCGGUCGCAUGAUUAUAAUCCAGAAAAACUUGUCAUUCCCGAACGGUUUAACUGUCGAUCAUCAAGCCGGGAAACUUUAUUGGACGGAUGGUGCCUUGCGAAUCAUCGCUUCCGCCAAUUUCGAUGGUUCCGCGCGACAAAUCAUUUUAGAAGGGAGUACCAUACCAUAUCCAUUCGGCCUGGACGUGUUUGGGGACGACAUGUUUUGGACCGACUGGGAAUCAAAGACGAUAGAAAAGGCCGAUAAAGUGACCGGUGGAAAUCGUACAGUAUUAGUCCGAAACCUGAACGAUUUGAUGGGUAUUACGGUAUUCCAUAGAUCUAGGAAAUCCGUGAGGACACCAUGUACUGUUAAUAACGGCGGUUGUUCCCAUCUGUGUCUAUUAAAGUCUAAAGGAUACACCUGCGCUUGUCCGACUGGAAUCAAAUUGGGGGACGACCACAAAUCCUGCGCAAGCGGACCGAUAAACUAUAUUUUGUUGGCGCACCGGAUGGAUAUUCGACAGAUCUCUUUAGAUGUUCCGUACAUGGUGGAUGUCGUCCUUCCAUUUAAGCAUCUUAAACUCGCAACAUCUGUAGACGUCGACAGGAAAACCGGUGAAAUCUAUUGGACGGAUACUUCCGCGGAUUGCAUACAAAGGGCCACUCCGGAUGGCAAAAAUGUCCAAGUUGUCAUAUCUAACGAGAUAGAAGCGCCAGAUGGCAUUGUUGUCGAUUCUACAGGAAGAAAAAUUUACUGGACCGACGGCGAAAGAAACAGCAUAGAAGUUGCAGAACUAGACGGUAAACACAGAAAAUUAUUAUUCCACCGAGACCUAGACAACCCUAGAGCGAUAACCCUACACUACCAUCACGGCUUGAUGUUUUGGUCAGAUUGGGGCAAACAGGCCAAAAUUGAAGUGGCCCACAUGGACGGUACCAACCGAACAACGCUAAUAAGUGCCGAUUUGGCUUGGCCCAAUGGACUGGCAAUAGAUCGACCAAACGGUCGGUUGUAUUGGAACGACGGGAAGCUCAACGUCAUAGAGUCUAGCGAUCUCAACGGCAAAGAUAGGCGAACCGUCAUGAAAGGUAUUCCACAUCCUUACGGGCUAGUGGUGGUUGGAAAUCAUAUUUACUGGACCGAUUGGAAGACGCAGGCGCUACAUCGUGCGGAUAAGUACACUGGAAACGAUAAUAUCGUUGUUAAAGGGAAGCUCGAAGGUCUGAUGGACGUCCGGUCAGUUCAAAGUGACAAUAUUGCCGAAAACGCUUGCGGAACUGAUAACGGCGGCUGCAGUCACCUUUGCCUACGCAAUCCUCAUUCCUAUACCUGCGCAUGUCCUACAGGUCUGGCGAUAUCGAAAACCAACGAGAAACAGUGCGAACCGAUUCCGAGCACAUUCCUCCUCUUAGCCACGAGAUAUUCCUUAAGUCAGAUCAGUUUGGACACCCUCGAUGCGUGGGACGUAACCUUGCCGAUCGUAGACGAAAUGAGCAACGUAAUUGACAUCGACUAUCAUUGGGACAAAAAACUAUUAUUUUACACUGACAUAGAACGGAACGUGAUCCAGAGCGUGUCCAUGUUGAACAUGUCGGACGUAAAGACCGUAGCAAGGAAUAAUCUAUCUGCACCCGAUGGCCUGGCGGUAGACUGGAUAGCGAAUAACAUAUACUGGACGAAUACGGGCAACAAAAUAAUAGAAGUGGCACGUUUGGACGGGUCCAGCAGAAAAACGGUUAUUAAAGAUUACCUACACGAUCCGCGAUCGAUAGUGAUCCAUCCAAAACGGGGUUACCUCUAUUGGACCGACUGGUUUAUUCCCAAGAUCGAACGGUCCCAUUUGGAUGGGUCUUCUCGUAGACGUUUGGUGGAUAGCGACCUAAGUUUUCCAAUAGGACUCGUUCUAGACUUUGUGGGUAGGCGAUUGUACUGGAUCGACGCGAGAUUGAAUGCGGAGAAAAUCGAAACGACCGACUUCCACGGUAAAAAUAGGAUCGCACUGCCUGUCCAGACUACUCAUCCGUUUUCGCUAACCCAGUUUGAAGAGCAUCUUUAUUGGACGGAUUGGGACACAAAAUCCGUGCUGAGAGCCGAAAAGACCACCGGAAAAGAUCAAAUUUUGAUUAGGUCUCAGUUACACGCGGCAAUGGGUAUAACAAUGGUUACCAAGGAAAGGCAGCUUUCGUGGAAUCCAUGCGCUGUUGAUAACGGAGGCUGCACCCACUUAUGCUUUUACCGUCAAAAAGGUUACACUUGCGGAUGCCCUGACGAACCUACUUCAAAUUGCAAACGAACUCCCGUAAAGGUAAUUUCAAUGACUUGUCCUCCGAAACUUUUCGACUGCAGCAACGAAGAUGACGAUUACGAUGACGAAAUGCUGUUGAAUCACUACGAGACCCACGAAACGGAUGAUACCGCUGAAUCGAACGUAGACACCCACACACUCACUUUUUACAUAAUGACGGUGGUACCGAUGUUGUUUUUCAUUAUAUUGAGCAUCGCGGUGAUAUUUUAUCUUUUAACCAAAAAAGGAAAAAAGAAUUACAUGUACGGCACCAGUCGCAGUUUUUCGAAUCCCAAUUACUACUCUGCCAAUAACGAAGCGAAUACAGCCGCGAACAAUAUCGACAGGAAACAAUUUAUAUGGAAAAGGCUGAAGUAUGACAAGUCGCAGGAACGAGUUUAUGAGGAGACGGUAGGACCAGGCAGUCCCGAAAUAACAAGCUUAAUUCCGACAAUUUUAACGCCGUGCAGCUCGAAUUGUGAGACGGUAACGCCGGAAAUGGAAAGAUCACCUUCGGUAACUCCCCUCCACAAGACGGACGUAAUACCCCCACUCUAAAACUGGUUCCGUGAAGACUAUAAAAUGCAAUGCGCUAUUUCAGGCAAGACGAAUCUUCGCUCCGAUACCAAUUUGUUGUAAAUAGAUAAAAAGCUGUCAAAUUAAGAUGACUGACAAUAAUUAUGUAGUUAACAUCAGACUGUCGCCGCUCAUUAGAGGUUAGACGUGUUUAGACCGGACUUAAAGUUACUCUGACGGCUUUGAAACUAAAUAAUGAACCAGACGCAGUUUUCUAUUAAACGUCAAAUCAGUCUUUAUCUGUAUGUUAUUUGCAAUUGACAGGUGAGCAAUUUGUUAGUCAAAUUUUAAAUGAAGGAGCAGUGAAUCAAAAGAUUCCAGUCUGAAAGAAUCUUGUUUACAUCAAUGCACUGACUCCUGAACAAGCGUUUAGCUUCUGGUAUAAUGAUGCUGGAGUUAUAAGAGAGUAAUAAAAUAUCAGUAAAUAAAUGCGUUUCAGCUGAGUUCCCUAAGCAGAUUUUGUUACCCUCUUUUAAUUCUGGUGCCAAUAUACAAGCAAUUCGGUAUCCACCAAUAAACGUUUCACCGCUUGAUAGUUGAAACACACCACAACUGACCAAAAAUUAGUAAUGCAUAAUAAAUCCUACAUAUUUAAAUCAUUUACACCCGGCCGUCAUUGUUACGACUGUACUGUGAUUGAACUGAACGAAAUUGCAUGUACCAGAAUUUAAACGCUUUAAAGUAUUUAAUGACGUUACUGUGAAAGAGUUCCUCUAAAAAUUGAUCUGGUUACAUCUGCCUAGCUUCCAAUUGUUUAAUUUAAUUUAACGCCACGCUAAUGAUCAUUUGCGUAACAAUCAGGAUUUCGUACUAACAAUAAGCUGCAAUGCAAAUAUUGUCCUACUCCUGACAACGUGGUCAAAGAUUUUAAAGAAUUUGCCGCCUUGGCAGAACGGAAAACACCUACUAAAAUUUAUACGUUUUAAAAUAUGGAAGUAUCAAUUGCACGAAAUUAUUUUGCGUGAAAGCACAUUCUCGUUCUUUUUAUUGCUAACAGGACCUCCGAUAAGGUCUUGGUAUAGUGAUGUCCUCAUCAUUGCUAUAAUUGAUAUAAUUAUCGGAGCUUUCAAUAAUUUUGUACAUAGUUAUUCCUUUUCUUUAGGGCAAUAUCGUGCGUUCGCUAAGUUUUUAAUAAAUUUUAAAAAAUAUAAAAUCAUUGUUAGCUCCUGUCGUUUCAAUAAUUUUUAAAUAUAUUACGAGACGAUAUUAAUACAAUAAUUAAUUUAAUAUUAUUUAAUAUUAUAUUGUUAAUGUUGGUUUUUAUGUUUACUUAUAGCACAUAUCUUUAAAGGCACUUUCAAAAUGUGUGUUAUGAAACACGUUGCUAAUAAUAUGGUAGACAUAUCCCUUUUUUUUUCGUACUAACAACUAUUAUUAACAUUAGGACAUCAGAGCUAAAAAAACUAUUGGACAAUCAAUCGCUUGUUACAAAUAUAUUAAAAUUUGUAUUAACUGCCGAUGGGAAAUUUAUGCCAAAAUCAAAAUUGUAUCAAUAUUAUUCAAUUUUAAUAUAAGAAAAUUAAUUUUAGAAUUUUUUGGAAAUUUUUUUUAAUUAGUUCAAUUUUAGACUCAAAUUGUGGGAUCGAUAUACAUUAAAAAAAUUGUCCAAUAGUUUAAGCCAAUCUCAAAUAAAAAAAAUAUUUUUCUAGUUUAAACCUUCGUCAACUUGAUUCUAAAAAAUCAUCAACCACCUGAAAACCCAA